GUUCUUCGCCCAGGUUCUCGCCGCGCCCCCGUCCGGACGCCUCUCUCGCCCCCGCACGCUUCGUCGCGCCAUGCUGUCCCUGCGCCGCGUCGCCGCGAUCGCCGCCCGGCGGCCCGGGUCCCGCGGGGCGGCGCGGGCCUACCACCAGGAGGUCAUCGACCACUUCGAGAAGCCCCUCAACGUCGGGUCCAUGGACAAGAACGACCCGAGCGUCGGCACGGGCCUCGUCGGCGCCCCGGCCUGCGGCGACGUCAUGAAGCUGCAGAUCAAGAUCGACGACGACGGCAACAUCGUCGACGCCAAAUUCAAGACGUUCGGCUGCGGCUCGGCGAUCGCGUCGAGCUCCGUCGCGAGCGAGUGGGUCAAGGGCCGCAACAUCGACAGCGACGCGGUCAUCACGAACAAGGAGAUCGCCGCCCACCUCAACCUGCCCCCCGUCAAGCUCCACUGCUCCAUGCUCGCGGAGGACGCGAUCAACGCGGCCAUCGCGGACUACAAAAAGAAGCAGGAGAAGCUGCCCGCGGCCUCGGAGGCGGCCUGAGUCGCCUCUCCCGAUAACCACCCUGUCC